AUGAUUGUCGGGUGCCCCAAAGAGGCAAAGCCCCAAGAAGGGAGGGUAGGCCUACUACCAUGGGGAGUAGCUGAGCUCGUGCGUAAUGGGCACACGGUGUUAAUCCAAAAGGGAGCUGGCCUAGCCGCAGGAGCAGCGGAUGCGCAAUAUGUGCAAGCAGGGGCGGAAAUCGUGGACUCGCCGAGGGAAAUCUUUGGUAGAGCUGAUAUGAUAGUCAAGGUGAAGGAACCGAUGCCUGAAGAGUUCAUCUACUUUCGCAGUGGGCAAAUAGUGUUUACAUACUUUCAUUUCGCGGCUAGCAGGCAACUAACUGAGGCAAUGAUCCAGACUCAAGCUGUCUGCAUUGCUUACGAAACAGUAGAGGAAGCGGGCUCAGUCCUGGCCCUGCUGGAGCCUAUGUCAGAGGUGGCUGGGCGAAUGGCUAUACAAGAGGGUAUGCACUACCUUUCAUCCAGCACCGGUGGGAAAGGUGUGUUGCUUGGCGGGGUUCCCGGGGUGCCGCAUGGAAAGGUUUUAAUCAUAGGAGGAGGUGUUGUUGGACUGAAUGCAGCAAAAGCUGCAGCAGGUUUUGGAGCUAAUGUUGUUAUCAUGGACAAGAGCCUUCCCAGACUCAGAUACCUUGACGAUAUCCUGCCGCGGAACUGCACAACCCGUUAUUCGUGUGAGGAAGUACUGAAGGAGGAGCUACUGACUACUGACUUAGUGAUUGGUGCAGUACUGCUGCCUGGGUAUCGGACCCCCAAGAUCCUCCGCAAGGACCACUUAAACCUGAUGAAGCCAGGCACUGUCAUAGUGGACGUCGCAGUUGAUCACGGAGGCUGCUGCGAGACCAGCAGAAUGACAUAUCACGAAGCACCAAUCUACACGGUAAACAACAUCGUGCACUACGGGGUGGCGAACAUGCCUGGAGCUGUUCCUGUUACCUCUACCACCGCUCUGACAAAUGCAACGAUUCCUUAUAUCGUGCAACUUGCUAAUCUGGGAUGGAGGGAAGCAUGCGCAAAAAACAAGGCUUUAAGGAAGGGCAUUAAUAUCCUAGAAGGCAAGGUGAUUCAUAAAGGAAUUGGGGAGGCCUUUGAUCUUCCUGUUUUUGAAUUGCGAGAAUUACCCGAUGGGGGGCUCAAACCUGUUUUGUCCGCAUGA